GAGCAACGCCCCAACUUCGUCGGCCAAUCUCUCCUCAACUUUUUGCAAUUCAUCAAGUUCGCUGCUCUCCAUUGACAGCAGGCAAGCACAAUGCGUCUUGCAAUCGGUGCCACUUACGCGCUCGCUGCCGCCGUCGUGCGUGCGGACGAUGCCAGUGCUGCCGAGGCCGAACCAUCAACCUCGACCUCUGUAGCCAAGCCUACCUUCACCCCCACCAAGCUCAAGGCGCCAUUCCUCGAGCAGUUCACAGACGACUGGGAGGACCGAUGGAAGCCUUCGCACGCAAAGAAGGAUGUCAAGGCCGACGACGAGGAAUGGGCAUACGUUGGAACUUGGUCCGUUGAGGAGCCAUCCGUGUUGAAGGGCAUGGAGGGUGACAAGGGCCUGGUCAUCAAGGACAAGGCUGCUCAUCACGCUAUCUCUGCCAAAUUCCCCAAGGCGAUUGACAACAAGGACAACACGCUUGUUGUCCAGUACGAAGUCAAGCUCCAAGAUGGCUUGGAAUGCGGUGGUGCGUACAUGAAGCUGCUUCAGGACAACGCGGCACUCCACGCGGAGGAGUUCUCCAACGCUUCCCCUUACAUCAUCAUGUUCGGUCCCGACAAGUGCGGUGCUACCAACAAGGUGCACUUCAUCUUCCGACACAAGAACCCCAAGACGGGCGAGUACGAGGAGAAGCACCUCAAGAACCCUCCCAUGGCCCGUAUCGUCAAGACCACGAGCCUCUACACCCUGAUCGUCAAGCCUGACAACAGCUUUGAGAUCAAGAUCGACGGCGAGUCUACCCGCAACGGUACCCUCCUCGAAGACUUCACCCCCUCCGUCAACCCGGAGAAGGAGAUCGACGACCCCAACGACAAGAAGCCUGAAGACUGGGUUGACGAGGCCCGCAUUGCGGACCCCGACGCGAAGAAGCCCGAAGACUGGGACGAGGACGCGCCCUUUGAGAUUGUCGAUGAGGAGGCGACCAAGCCCGAGGACUGGCUUGAGGAUGAGCCCACCACCAUUCCUGACCCAGAGGCUGAGAAGCCCGAGGACUGGGACGAUGAGGAGGAUGGCGACUGGAUCGCACCCACGGUCCCCAACCCCAAGUGUGAGGAAGCCUCUGGCUGCGGCAAGUGGGAGCCCCCGAUGAAGAAGAACCCUGCCUGGAAGGGCAAGUGGACUCCCGAGUUCAUUGACAACCCGGCCUACAAGGGUGUAUGGGCUCCCCAGAAGAUCGCCAACCCCGACUACUUCGAGGACACCACCCCAGCCCAAAAGGACAUCCUCUUCGACAACAUCUACAUUGGUCACUCCAUCGCCGACGCUGAGAAGCUCAAGGCUGAGACCUUCGACCCCAAGCACGCCGCUGAGAAGGCUGAUGAGGAGGCCAACAAGCCCAAGGUUGAAGAUUCUCCCAAGUCGCCCUCCGACCUGGUGUUCAAGGAGGACCCCGUCCGUUACUUCGUUCCCGAGGUUGCUGGUGGUCUUGGCGUCAUCGCUGUGACCAUCUUCGCUCUUCUUGCCUCCCUUGUUCUCGGCUCUGGUGCUGCUCCCUCCAUAGAGCAAGUCAAGGCUCAGGCUAGGAUUGGGCAAGGGCGCUGCUGUUGACGCGAAGGACAAGGCCGCCUGCGGCUGUCGCCACUGGAGCUGAGAAGGCACAGGCUGAGGUCAACAAGCGCACUACACGCUCCAACGCCUCAUAGGUCUGACAAGGCACGUUACGCGUUAGAGUAGACCGUUGGCGAAGGAUUAAAAAAGGGCUCCAGACGGGCUUGGUCUUGGAUGAUCCCAGUUUCCACAUUUUUGGAUUUUUGACUUGAGCUACAUAUCGGCCUAAGAGGACGGCGCUACAA